GCCGGGAAAUACAGCAGUGGAACUGCACCGGCUCUGAUGCUUGUGCUGAUUUCAGUGUGUUAGAACAAUGUUAAUCUGUAUGAGUGUUUCUUCUCCCCUCUGCCCGAUCUGAGUACAGCAGAUCAUCUUCAGCAGCACCUUUAUCCAAGGGAACUCUUGUUUGAGGGUGUCCUGCUUCUUGGACAGAAACACCCCCAGGUGAAACUGGGACCUUCCAGCACUGGGUGGUUUUGAGAUGUCUUUUGAGAGUGGGAUGAACCACAGUGCAGAUUGUUAAGAUUUUUUUUCUUCCUGUCAAGAGCAUAUCUGACCCUGUUCUCUGCUUCCACUCCUUCUUUAGGAGGCAGCACUUCUCUUUUAAAGGGACGCUGCGCCUAGUCUUUGACAAUGAAGUUCAACUUGUUCAGGCCACAGGCCGUGGCAGCCGCCGAGCCCACCGGCGCCACUACCAUGACCAUGGCUCCAACCUCAGUUGUCAUCUCCACCUCCGCGCCGGACACCUCUGGCUCCAACAACACAGAGAUUAGCAAGAAUGACAUGUUUGAGGAGAUCAAGAGCAAAUUCUUGAAUGAAAUUGAUAAAAUCCCAUUGCCUCCGUGGGCUCUGAUUGCCAUCGCUGUGGUGGCCGCGUUGCUCAUCCUUACCUGUUGCUUCUGCAUAAUCAAAAAAUGUUGCUGCAAGAAGAAGAAGAACAAGAAAGGGAAAAAGGGCAAGGAUGGCUUCAACAUGAAGAACAUGCAGGGUGGCGAGGACGACGAUGAUGAUGAGGGAGAGACCGGACUGACGGAGGAGGAGAAAGAGGAAGAGGAAAAAGAACAAGAGAAACUGGGGAAGCUGCAAUAUUCUAUAGAUUAUGACUUUGAGAAUACAAAGCUCACAGUUGGCAUUCUUCAAGCUGCGGACCUCUUGUCCAUGGACUCAGGUGGCACAUCCGAUCCUUACGUUAAAGUCCUGCUCCUACCUGAGAAGAAGAAGAAGUAUGACACCAAAGUCCACAAGAAAACACUGAACCCUGUCUUCAAUGAGACAUUUGUAUUCAAGGUUCCCUAUGAAGAGCUCGGUGGGAAGACUCUGGUGAUGUCUGUUUAUGACUAUGACCGAUUUUCCAAACAUGACGUCAUUGGUGAGGUGAAGAUUGCCAUGAACACCAUUGACCUUGGACGACCAAUAGAGGAGUGGCGGGACCUGGAGAGCGCUGAUCAAGAGGAGCCUGAGAAACUCGGAGACAUCUGCAUCUCCCUCCGUUACGUCCCCACUGCCGGCAAACUCACCGUCUGCAUCCUGGAGGCAAAGAACCUGAAGAAGAUGGAUGCCUGUGGAUUAUCUGAUCCUUAUGUAAAGAUCCAGCUGCUGCAGGGGGGUAAGCGCCUGAAGAAAAAGAAGACUACAGUGAAGAAGAACACCCUUAACCCUUACUAUAAUGAAUCCUUCAGCUUUGAAAUCCCUCUGGAACAGAUGCAGAAAAUCUUGGUGGCGGUCACAGUGUUUGAUUAUGACAAGAUCGGUAAGAAUGACGCCAUCGGAAAGAUCUUCGUGGGCAGUAAGGCGACAGGCUUAGGUCUGAAGCACUGGUCUGACAUGCUGGCUAAUCCGCGCCGCCCCAUCGCCCAGUGGCAUCCAUUGCAGCCAGAGGAGGAUAUUGAUGGUCAGCUGGCAUCCUUGGCUGCAAAGAAGUAACGUGCUCCACCAACCAGCUAAUGCACUAACUCAGAAAUCCAACCCCCACCCCUACUUUGCAUGAAACCCAUGACUUAACACGUGACUACUCGUCAUGAAACCUGCUCAGCAAAAAAGAGACAUCAUAGAAUAUCCGCUCAUUCAUGGUUAAGUCGGAAAAAAACUAUUUUUAAACAUCACAUUUCACACAUUAGUGUAUGCUGAGAAGAGUGGCGUUGAGUUUUCGGGUGACUGGUUCAUGAAUGAUUGACUUUUGGUCUUUCUUUCAUUUGAAGAAACUGAUUCUAAGGGUGCUGUCACUGAAUGAAAGUUUUGGUUGAAGACAAUGCUGGAAAUAAAGCUUUAGUUUAGUUUAUAGAGCAUGCUUUACUUACCUCCCCACUGCUCUGCAUACACCAUGCCCAGUAUUGUAUCUUGCUAAUAAGUGUGCUAUAACUUGCAAUAGAAAGUACUGUAGCAUUGGGUUAUUUCCUGCAUAGAGUCUGUUUAAGUCUAUAAAUGCAAAAAGAUUUAAUUGAGAGUGAAUGAGCCCAAGGUCACUGAAUGUGAUCCAUGUCCAAAUCUGUCUUCAUUUUAUUAGCUCACAUUUGAGAAGACGAUGCAUACAGUACAGUACGGUAUACAGUAUGGCAGGAGUGACACAGUUGUCUGAUCCAAGUUGCUUGUGCUUUUGUGUUGCCAUGAAGGCACGACUAUGCAUUUAGGUUCAACAUACAUUUCUGUUUCUUUAGACAGAUCUAAUGUAGGACAGGAAUACAAGGGUGCCUUUCCUGAUGACAGCUUCAUUGUUUUGUUUAGAAGGGAAUAUCAUUCAAAAGUAGCCAGAGACACUGUGAAUGUGCCAUCUGGAAUCUGUCCUGAGCUGUGUUGACCAUUUGGAUGUAAAACCUUACUUAUCUGUGGACAAAGUAAGUAUACUGGAAGGCUAACCAAUGAUGUUCAAUCCAAUUAUGACUAUGCUUCUUUUAACUUGCUACCUGAAAACAGUGCCAUCUAACAUAUUUUUGUUUUGAUACCCCUUAAACGGAUUAUAUGUCUUUCUCUGAAGAUUGUUGUAGUUUACCAAACAUACUGUAGUACUCUUCAAUACUUUAAUAGCUUCUGGUGAAACAACAUGAGGAUUUCUGUCCAAGACGAGAUGUUUUUAUAGAGAAUUGAAUUUGAAAUGUAAGAUGUAGCUGCACUUUUUAAGAUGACGAGAAUUCAAGUACAGAAUGCAGGUUUGUAAAAUCCCAACAGGACAAGUGCUACAUCAAACAUAUAAUACAAUAAACAUAUCUUGGACCAUUUGCUUGAACCAAAUAGAGCUGCAGAAUCUAGCAUGUAUCAUGCCCCACAGUAUUUCAUGUUGUUUGAAUCGUUCACUCAUCAGCCGCAAGCUUUGUAAACCUGGAGUGCUGCAACAUGGUGGUGGUACAAGUUCAUCACAGACAUCCUGCAUUACUGUGAAGUGUAGAAGUACGGAGGCGAAAAAUGCCAUGAAGAUUUGAAUAUUAUGAGCAACUCAACACCUAAUGUUUAAUCACCACUGAAUACUUAAUACUGAAGUGUUAAUACAACUGAAUUUAUAGCAUUCAAAUAUUUUUACCUGGAGAAAAAUGUAUUCAUGUGGUGAAUUUAAAAUGCGGUUCACUCAGGAUAACCAAUUGAGCCUGAAUGAAAGGAUCAGACCUCUGUCCUAUAGCAGUGAUUCCCAACCAGAGGUAUUUUUUUUACCCCAGGGGGGAACUUCUGCAGUUAAAAAAGAUAAAAAUUAUGAUUCAAAACAAAGAAAAAUGAAGAAAUCUAGAAGUAAAAUAAACACACAAAUAGGAUUACAAAUUGAUGUGAUGCUGAUCUUUAGUAUAUUUACUGUCACAAUAAUCAAUAGUUAGAAAACUAGUUGGCGUUAGAAAAUGAUUGAAAUGUCCAGCUUUAUCAAGCAUUAAUGGUAAUGAACAUUUACCAAACCUGAAAAAAGAUCCCAGAAUCACCAUACCAUGUCUUGUAUGAAAAAAGUAUUGUUAAGGUAUCUACUAUUUUACAACAAAUACAGAAAAAUAACAACAAUUUUAAAGGAUGGUUGGUGUCAGUGAAGGUGUAUUUGAGCUGUGAGAAUAGCAAAACCAAACAAUUGCACAACUUGAGGUGAAUUUAAACAAUAUGAAUUCAGAAAGAUUAGAUUAGAAAAAAUAUUUCAAUUCUAUAAUUUCAGUGGUAUUAAAAUCUGAUUAAGUAUGCUGUAGAGAUUCAAUUUAUUAUUCAGAUUUAGGUGUUAAAUUGGUAUUAUUACAGACUUUCUUUGCUUCAAUAGGACAUGAUGUCACCAGAAGGAAAAAUAAUUCUGCAGGAGGGUGAACAGCAGCACACUGAUUGGUCCAUACAUAAUAUUACUUCUUCCUAUUGUUAACAUUAUGCAUCACGCAAAUUUGUUAAUAGGCUACAGCAUGUAUUUACAAGAUGAUGUAAAUAGUAGCAUGUUUUAAAGAGGAACCAUAAUUAUAUUGUGUAUGUGUGUUUGUGUUCUGUGUCCUUUUUGAUAAUAAAACGGAGUAAAAAAGAGUA